AUGUCCGCCAUCGACGGAUGCAUUACCAUCAUCACUACCAUCGCCACCGUCCUGACUCGUAGCCUGCCUCUAUCGCCAUCACCCAUCAUCGGACUGGAGCACUCAGAUCCCUCUCUACCCACAUGUGCCACGACGACGUUCAAUUCGCCAACCAUGCAGCCACCGUUCUUUGCGGGGUCAUCCCACCUCUCACAGGUGUAUCCGCCUGAACUUCUCGCCGUCGGGCUACCUUCUCCAGAUGCGAACAGCGUCGGGCGUGUGCCUACAAGAAACGGCGCUACCAUCGCCAGUCGCGGCAACUCGACCGUCGGGCGAACUAGCAAGGGGGUGUGGAUAGCCACCGGGAAGGCAAUCUCGUUUACGCAGGGGGGCCACCAGUUGCACUCGAAGGCGAGCCCAUCAGUGCACCAGAUCAUGGUGGUGCAUGGACGGGUGUGGCCUGGUGCGACCGUGGCGAGACCAAGUGACGCCGAAUGCCAAUAG